CUUGGAUGAAUUUGAUGUAUUUAAUAAAUUGUUUUUCCUAAUAGAAAAUGCCUGAAUCAACGGAAGAUCAUAUCCACUGGAAAGCUUAUUGAACUCCAUUCUUGAGAAUCCCAGAACAACAUCAGUCUGGCAUGGCGCAGGGGAGUCAGCAACUUGAUGUGCAGGUACUCCAUGACCUUCGGCAACGUUUUCCCGAAAUCCCAGAAGGUGUGGUGUCUCAGUGCAUGCUCCAGAACAACAACAACCUUGAAGCAUGUUGUCGAGUCCUUGCACAAGAGAGCAGCAAAUAUUUAUAUAUGGAGUACCAUAGCCCUGAUGACAGCAGAAUAAACAGGAAUCGCCUUUUGCACAUUAAUCUGGGUAUUCAUCCCCAUGCCAACUACCAUGCAGAAGGAGCUCAACUUAAUGGUGGUCGUACACUGGUACAUAGCUCAAGUGAUGGACAUAUUGAUCCUCAGUGCACAGCAGGUAAACAGUUGAUAUGCUUACUUCAAGAACCACACUCUGCUCCAGCUGUUGUUGCAGCUUCUCCUAAUUACAAUCCAUUUUUCAUGAAUGACCAGAAUAGAAAUGCAGCUACUCCUCCUCCGCAGCCAUCUCAACAGCCAUCUUCCAUGCACCCAGGAAUGAAUACAUCUGCUAUGCAAGGCCCUCCUCCUCCAUAUAUGCACAUACCUCGGUACAGCACAAAUCCUAUUACUGUUACAUUAUCACAAAACCUCCCAUCUGGACAAACAGUACCCAGAGCUUUACAAAUUCUUCCACAGAUUCCAAGCAAUCUUUAUGGGACUCCUGGUUCUAUAUAUAUUAGACAGACCUCUCAAUGUUCUUCAGGACGACAGACUCCUCAGAAUACACAGUGGCAUUCAUCGCCGCAAGGCCCAGUCCCACAUUAUACUCCGCGCCCGCUACCUAUUUAUCCACAUCAACAGAACUACCAGCCUUCACAGUAUUCUCCUAAACAGCCCCAGAUCUCUCAGCCAGCUUAUCAAUCACCACCUGCUUCUCAAUGUCCUUCUCCUUUUGGCUCUCCUCAGCAUCAGGUACAGCCUACCCAGUUAGGUCAUCAGAGUUCACAUGUGUUUAUGCCGCCUAGUCCUUCAACUGUUCCUUCCCACCCUUAUCAACAAGCAUCCCAGGGUUAUCAAAAACAGGGUGGUCACUCAAUAUCUUAUCUCCCUUAUGGUGGACCUAGUUUAUCCAAAGGUUCUAUGAACAAGAUAGAAAUUACAGUUGAGCCACCACAAAGACCUGGGACGGCAAUGAAUAGAAGUCCUUCACCGAUCAGUAAUCAACCAUCUCAACGAAACCAGCACCAGCUGUAUACAGCCACUACUCCACCUUCAGGCUCUCCUUCAAGAGGUAUGUCAGGUCAACCAAAACCACCAUUUAAUGUUAAUCCAUUAUAUAUUACUUACACACAACCAGUUGGACCUACAGGUGCAUUAACACAGUCUCCCCAGGUAAUGGUAUCUCAGCCAAACUCAACAGUGUUUAAAAUCACAGUUGGUCGAGCUCCGACUGAGAAUCUUUUAAAUUUAGUGGACCAAGAGGAGCAUUCUGCAGCACCAGAACCUAUUCAGCCCAUUUCAGUAAUGCCAGGAUCUGGAGGAGAAAAAGGAAUCCAUAAAUACCAGAGGAGUUGCAGUUCUGGAUCAGAUGACUAUGCUUAUACUCAAGCCUUGCUUUUACAUCAGCGAGCAAGGAUGGAGAGGUUAGCAAAAGAGCUGAAGCUUGAGAAGGAGGAACUAGAACGACUGAAAACUGAAGUUAAUAGCAUGGAGCACAAUCUUAUGCAAAGGCGACUUAGAAGAGUAAGCUGUACAACUUCAAUCCCAACACCUGAAGAAAUGACCAGAUUGAGAAGCCUGAAUAGACAACUCCAGAUAAAUGUUGACUGUACACUGAAAGAAGUUGACCUCCUUCAGUCUAGAGGUAACUUUGAUCCGAAAGCCAUGAGCAACUUUUAUGAUAAUAUAGAGCCUGGUCCUGUUGUGCCACCAAAGCCAUGUAAAAAAGAGCAUCAUACCAGUUCCAAACAGACUCAGCCAAGAGAUGAAGACUUUGAAGGGGCCCCAUGGAAUUGUGAUAGCUGCACCUUUCUAAACCACCCCGCACUAAACCGCUGUGAGCAGUGUGAAAUGCCACGUUAUACGUGAAUCUGGAAAGAAUCUGCAUGAGAUUGAGCCCACAGACAUAGGAGAAGGAAAAUGGGGAACCUUUUUGUCAAUCUGCCAGGGCUUUGACGGCCAGCUGUUUUCAGAUUACAAGGGGGGAAGAAAAAAUGUGAAACUGUUUCCACUUCUGUACUGCACUAAAAAAAUAAAUGGGGGUGGGAUAUUCUCUUCUUAUCCCUUUGCAGUGAACAAAGCAGAAAGAAUACCCAAACCAGAAAAGAUUCACUUGUUGAAGAAUGUAUACAGGAGAGCAGAUAAUUGCUGCUGUUGAAUCCUGUGGAUAAAGUUACUGCUUGAUGGCUCUUAAUUUUUAAAUAUAGAACUUUUAGUAAUGAUGUAAAAUGUUACAGGUAUCCCAACAAACUGAAGAGCCAUAGCUGACCUACCUGGUCCCAGCUAGCCGGAAAACAAAGGCUCCCUGUGCUUCUGGAUUGUAAACUACUGAUAAAGAAGACAGGAAAAUGCAAUUGUAGGUUCUACAGCAUAUAGAAAAUGGGGAACGGGGGGAGGGGCGGUAUUUGUAAUUGCUGCUUUUUUCAGGGUAAUUUAAGUCUAAACAAAAAUCGCUGUUUUCAGAUUGUGACUUCUGAUGAGAAAAUGAGGUACUGUAUGAGCCUUACACAAAAAGUAGAAUUGGAGGUGAUUCUACAAUCCCUUUUGUUUGUAUGGUGUUCACCAACCAGUGUCGACACUGGUAAUUUAUCUAAGAACUAAUUCUACCAUAUUACUGAUGAAAAGAUUGCUGCAUGCUUUUAUUAGGCCAUCAUGUAUUAAACCUAAAAAGUAAAAGUGUGCUUUUAUCAAUAACGUUCUCCUCAGACUGCUCUGUAGCAGUAUAGUGAACAUAUGCCAAAUGCCAGAACUGUUCCAAAAUCUGUUUGUAAAGAUUUGAGUUCAGCCAUGAUUGUGUAUGAGAAGUGUUUGCACCCUGUUACUUAGGCCUUUUCAGCUUCCAAUUUUGUGAAGAAGUCAUGAUGUUUACAGCACAGAAGGUACUUUGUACCUCCAAUUCUGAUUUAAUUGAAAAAAAAAUCAUAUUAGCUCUUCAUAAAGGUUUAUUUGCACAUUGUUAAUAAACCAACCUGUACAGUAUAGCAGAUGGCAGGUCUCGAAGGUGCACGCUGCAUUUGGUGGGGGGUCAGGAAAUGUUUGCAAUACAAUGACAAAUACAACACUUGCAAACUAAAAACCAUACUGUAUUAUAAAAAUAAUCAGUUUUGUUUAAAUGCUUCAGUUUGCUGUAAUAAAGCAGUCAUUAUUUGUGAAAUCAGAAGUUAGGUUUGGGCAGCUGAAUGAUUAUGAUGUGAAAUUUUGUGUGGCUGACUUAAUGUCAGUAAGAAGCUGGUACAGUGAAUUUGAAUUUUUACUCUUAACUUUUGUUUAAUCCAACAUUUUCAUGGCAUUUGAAAGGGAGAGUAUUUGUUUUAUCUGUAUUGCCUUUCUGGUGUCUUCCAUCAAUGCAGUUUAAAAAAAAAAAAAGUGAAAAACUGCUGUCUUUUGAUUCAGACCAGGAACUGCUUUUUAUCUGAUAUGAUACUGAAAUAUGUUUCUUUGCUUCUUAAAUGUUAAACAUAACCUAAAAUCUAUUUGUCUGCUUGAUCAAUUAAAGUGUGCAGCAUUAAUAAGCAAA